AUGUUCAAGAUGAUUCGUCACUCGCUGAGGUGUUUUCCAAGACGCCGUUGCGAUUGUGAUGACGAUAGUCAAUCAUCAGGAGCCCAACCCAACCGCCCACGAGAAAAGGCACCAAAGCGCGCCCUGAGUCAACCACUCCCUAAGAAUGUGGUCAGAUGUGCGGCUCCAGCUAACCGGCCCCAAGCCAGCAAUGAAAAUGAAGACAACGAAGAUGCAGAUAGCAGCGAUGAUUAUUAUCCCCCAGAUUCAGGAGAAAGCUCUCUUUUCGUGAGCGCCCCUGGUACAGGUGAACACAAUACCGACGAAGACAAUUAUAAUGGAGCUGAUGAAGACAGCCUCAAUCUGAACCAAUACGACGACGAAGUAAUAUACGAUGAUCCGGGGGAGCCUGAAAAACCCGAAUAUUACAGCGAAUCAUGGUCGAGCAAUUCCAGCGAUAGGAGACGUCGGCGCUCUCUAGAUAGUCAAGCUCGAGCCGAUGCUGAACACAGGGGUCUUCAUGGAUCCAGGGACAGUAGCGGCAGCAGCAAACGCCAGCGUCUUGAAAGCUCAGUUGAUACCGCAGGCGGGAGAGUGAGAACGGGUAUCGAACCGACCGUGGAGGAAGUCACCAGAUACAGAAAUAUAGGAGCACAAUACCAAGCAUGGAUUGACAACCCUGAAGUGCCAGGGUGUCAAAUUCAACCAGCAACAUUAACCAUAGAGGAGAUGACUGACGAAGACCAACCAAUGCCUUGGACAAUCGAUGAAUCCUACUUCACAGUCGAGCCCACGGUGCUAGAAGGCGGCGACGCCGAAUCGAUGAAUAUUGCUCGCCGCGGUCCGCGAUACCGGUACACACACCUCCGAAGAGAUCCCGGGCCAAACAUGCUCGAAGCCAACGAAUUUGAACAUCGGGUUGCUCGGGGCGUUCUUGUUGCCGAGAGAAUUUGUAGGGAAGAUGGACCUCAUUGGAAUGAGGUUGCUCGGGCUCAAUAUUUGCUUGAUUUUAACUUGAAAACUCUCAGGCAUGUUAUCUUUACCGAUAUCAACAAUGAAGAAACAGCUCCAUAUAUAAGCUAUGAACUCUACCCCAGAUUGGGUGUUACGUGGUCACAGUCAAGAAACGUUGAGUGCAUGGUAUUCAAGCAUGGUAGUGCUGAGUAUCAAGAACUCCUCGGAACAAAGUUGGGUAAGGCUAUGGCUUGUCUUAUCCUUUCUUCAUUCCCCAGGGGCACGAUGAAGAUCACUCGUAUUGUUACUUGGUGUAAUUGGGCUGCGCCGCAGAUCCGAUUUGAGAUUGAACCUGUUACUGCUGCGCCUAUUGCCCUGGCUAGAGCUGCAUGA